UUUGGCGGGAGAUAGUGACGAAUGUAAAUAAUGUAACUCUGGUAAUUUGCUGCUAUCAUACGGAAUUAAUCAAAGAAAUGUAAUGUCCAGAGACUAAAUGUUUAUCAAUGCACUCAUCAUGGCUAUUUUUAUGCACAUGACAUAUCAUCAAUGGUGAUGCAUUGAUAUUUACGUCGGUGUUAAUGACUACUAUUAGCCACUAACUAAUACAUGCAGUUAGAAUAACAUUGUAUAUCCGUGAAAUCAGUCAUUUUGGGAAUCAGUCAUGGCAAGGGGGAAAAGAAUUACAACUACAAAGAAUGAUGCUGACAAACAAGAAUACUUGCCAAAAACAAAGCCAAAAGAAACGAAAACAAGGAUUUUGAAGAAAAAAGCUGGCACACAUUUAGAAAGUGAAACGCCCAGUAACACCAGAGGGAAGAGAAAGUCGGCAGCAUGUGUUGUUGAAAAUGAGAAGGAAACGAAGGAAGUCGGUGCAAAGAAAAUCAAAGUCUCAUCCGGAAGCAAAGCAAGUGUGGGUAACAAGGCUAAAGAAAGUAUUAUUGAAGUAAAAACGGAAGACAAGAUCAUGGUUAAAAAAGAACAUACAAAAAAAGAUGACAAGAAACCAGGUAGACAAAAGACGGGGAAGGGAUUAAAGCAAGAGGUGAAAUCAACUGUGAAGAGUAAAGGCCAUUCUGAAUUUAACCAGGCAUCACACAAUUGCGCAAAACGUGUAGGACCACAUGUCUCUAUUGCAGGUGGUUUGUACAAGGCUGUGGAUACUGCUGUUUUCUAUGGAGCAAAAGCUUUUGGGCUGUUUCUUAAAUCGCAGCGACAGUGGAAUGCCAAGCCAUUGCUUGAUAAAGAUGCAGAGAAAUUUAAAGAUGCUUAUCAGGCUGCAGGAUUCUCCCCAGGUGACAUCCUCCCUCACGGCUCUUACCUGAUGAACUGUGGUUCCUCUAACCCAGAGACCCUCCAGAAAAGUAGGGAUACACUUGUUGAUGAGCUUCAGAGAUGUGAAAAGCUUGGACUGACGCUGUACAAUUUCCACCCAGGGUCAAGCUGUGGCGACAUUACCACUGACAAAUCACUGGCCCUGAUUGCUGAGAGUAUCAACAUGGCUCACACUAAGACUAAAUUUGUUAUAACAGUAAUAGAAAAUAUGAGUUGUCAAGGGAACACAGUUGGAGGAAAAUUCCCGGAAUUGAAAGCCAUCAUUGACAAGGUGAAGGACAAAUCUAGGAUCGGAGUGUGUCUGGACACAUGUCAUGCCUUUGCUGCAGGCCAUGAUCUAUCGAGUCAGUCUGGGUUUGAAAAGAUGAUGGAAGAGUUUGAAACAGUUGUUGGUUUUCAAUAUCUGAAGGCUCUGCACCUUAAUGACUCCAAAGGUGCUUUGGGAUGUCACCUUGACCGACACGAGAACAUUGGACGUGGUCACAUAGGGAUUGAAGGCUUUCGACGUGUCAUGUGUGAUCCAAGGUUCAACAAUAUGCCAAUGAUUCUGGAAACACCCCCAGGCUCCUCCGACGACAUUUAUACAAAGGAAAUUAAAUUGUUACAUUCCGUUUGUAAAACAUCAAAGUGAGCAUAUCACUUCAAAUCAACACGUUUUUGUAAUACUUAAAUGUGGAGCUGAUGUCCAUAUCUUGCCUCAAAGUAUUUUAAGUGUAUUGUGACUUUGAUCAUGAUGCUACAAGUUUUUUUCUGUUGCGUGUUUGAAGCCAUUGGUGAUUUUUUUUCCACAUCAGGUUCAUCCAACAAAACAAAAAGAUUUACUGGCCAAUAAUUAUACCCUGUACAACAAAAUUGGUGGGAAGGAGUUGUUAUACUGAAAUCAGGUAUAUAUUUUCUCUAUCUAUAGACACAACAUUGUUCACACAACUGCUAGAGUACUGCACUGAUUUGUAUACUAAAGCACCUGGUAUACAUAACACUUACUUAAGGAGAUGUGAAUUAAGAAAGCAACAAUACAUAGUUACUGGUCCUACAAGAGUUUGGGUGUAAGUAAGGAUAUAUAGUUACUGGUCCUACAGGAGUUAAGGUGUAAGUAACAAUACAUAGUUACUGGUCCUUCAGGAGUUUAAGUGUAAGUAAGGAUUCAUAGUUACUGGUCCUACAGGAGUUUCGGUGUAAGUAACAAUACAUAGUUACUGGUCCUAUAGGAGUUUAGGUGUAAGUAAGGAUACAUAGUUACUGGUCCUAUAGGAGUUUAGGUGUAAGUAAGGAUACAUAGUUACUGGUCCUACAGGAGUUUAGGUGUAAGUAAGGAUAUAUAGUUACUGGUCCUACAGGGGUUGAAGUGUAGGUAAGGACACAAAGAGUUACUGGUCCUAUAGGAGUUUAGGUGUAAGUAACAAUACAUAGUUACUGGUCCUACAGGAGUUUAGGUGUAAGUAACAAUACAUAGUUACUGGCCCUACAGGAGUUUUGGUCUAGAAACUCUGUCGUGCCAUCUGGUGGCUUUUGAAAUACAUAUUUGAGUGAUUUAAUUUAUUUUACAGACAACAUUUUUUGGUUGAUUCAUUCAUUUUAUUAUUGGAAAGCAUCACAAAAAUUAAAAUUUAUUUCAAAUGCGAAAGACAGCUCUCUUUUUUUUCUCCGACAAAACUAUCAAUUGUCGGAAUGCCCCAAAAUAUCCGUUGUGUCAAAUCUCUUUCCUGAUGAAUAUAAAUUAACUAGAUAUUUCAAAAAUGUCUGAGCCAAUAUGAACAGAUGAAUUUAUUCAGAUUUUUUGCUGUUGUGUCCCCCUAACCCUUUUAUAUCAUCAACAUUUCUCAGAAUAUAGAUGAGGGUAGCUCCUAUAUCGAUAUUUAGAUACAUACAUGUACAUAUAUCCAGUAGCCCUACUGAAGAUAGGCCUAGGACUACUCUUAAAAAUAUGCUUUAUCAGUUUAUGACAGGGACCAAUGUAUCUAACUAUCUAUGAUGUUAAAUUCCCAAUAGGCCUAUAUAGGCUUACAGUCGUUUCCAUUUCAUAUGAAAUUUAUGAAUUUGGUCACAAUUUUUUUCAUUUUAGCUCGCCUCCUUAUGUCACAGAUUAGCAAAAGCUACAUGUUUUUUUCCUGACUUUUGAGGCUUUGCCUUUUUCAUAUUACAUUUGCAGGCGAAGUGAAUGUAAAACUCAGAUGGAUCCUAUAAUACGCGCAUAUAUCCGCCCUAAAACCUAUAACAAUAAUGCUAGUAACAAAUCAAUCUACAAUUGCUAUUCGGAUUACCUUUAAUUAGCAAAAAAAAAUAACACAAAAAUACAUCCAUUCCGGAAAAACAACCCGCCUCGGUUGACUAAGUUGUAUUUCAUUACAAUCGCUUGUUACGUAACUUAUGCUUAUUAAUGACAUGUUAACCAAAUUUACCGUGUAUGGAAUUUGAACUUGAGAGCUUUUUCCCCCAUCUUUAUUAUAUUAUAUUUUUCCAUUGAACCACACAUCAUUUAAUCACUAUUCCGGACUACAAAAUAAAUAAAUAAAUACAAAUAUAAUAGUAUAUUUGAAUUUUUGAUGUGCAUGCAAACUGCUUAUUUUCUUACAUGGCAGCUACGUGCCUGCUGGUCCUACAGGAGUUUUGGUGGUCCUAGGAGCUUAGGUGUAGGUAAGGACACAGUUACUGGUCCUAGGAGUUAAGGUGUAGGUAAGGACAGAGUUACUGGUCCUAGGAGUUGUAGUGUAAAUAAUCAUGUAUACAUGUACAUUAAUUAACCGUACAGAAAGAAGUCUUCAGGAAUGAUUUAUUAUGUUCUGGGUGGAUAAGUACAAUCCUAGCAAACUGAAUGCAAAAAAAAUCAAUUGAAAUGUCUUCCAGAAGCCAUUGAUGUUACAUGUUUAUUUGAAUACUGAAUUUAUUUCAGGGUUUCUCUGACAAUAAAAAAAUGGUUUGUGCUAUAACAUUCUCAAAAUAAAGAAUCACCAAUGGACUGUGUAGCUUUUUUCUUGUUUUAUUUCAAUUCUUUUGAAAAGCAAUAGCAACAUACAUACUAUAUACACAUAGUUCAAUUUGAACAGUAUAUCUAAUACCCAAGCAUCAAUGUCAAUAUCUGUGUUUUUAUUAUUCCAUAUAUAACUCCCAUAUGCACUUCUUUCCAACAGGUCAGGUUAUGAAACCUGUUAAAUGCUUUUUAAAAAUGAUGAUAUGAACGUGAUGAUUAUUGAAAGAUAAAGUGUGUUUUGAUAACUACUAGGGCAGGCUAAACUUCAAAAGGGAGAUAAAAUAUGGAAAUAAAUUACAGGGCAGAUAUGCCUUCAAAAGUAUUUUAAGACAUUUACUUUCAGUCAUUAUCACAGGUACCUGACUUCCAUUGGCACAUGACAUUCUCAAUGAUAUUUCUUGCAUAAAAAAAAAA